AUGCCGAAGAACAAAGGAAAGGGUGGGAAGAAUCGAAGGAGGGGGAAGAAUGAUAAUGAGGGGGAGAAGAGAGAAUUGCAAUUCAAAGAAGACGGACAGG